UAGUUAAAGUUAACCUUUAACCUAGUUUCAUAAGUUGGUCUGUAGGUCUAACGGUAGUGCUAGGAGGUGUGUUUUCCAACAGGAAGUCAAACAAACCAAACUUGUAUAUUUUGUGUAUGUUUGUUUGUCUUAAGUUAGACCUCCAUAUACCUCUGCCAGGCUAGUCCCAACAGUUGAGUAAAUAAGCUGUAUGCAUUCAGAGCUGUUAAGACAAGCCCAGGCUUGUUAAUUGAUUCUGAAUUCUUUCAUCCUAAAUCCAGUUGGAGUUGUGUUGGAUAAUCGUCUAAAAUACCUUUAUCACAUGUUCCUAUAGAGAAGGUUCUUGUAUUGUCUGUUUGCCUCUGGGGGAGUGGUUGAGUUUGACGUCACUGACUACGGAGUGUCACACCAUUUCACCAGAGCUGCUUCCUCAUUACCACUGAGUUCUGACGGCAGUUUUUCCCUCUGGGACUUUGUGGAAAAGAACUUAUCUCUAAUUUGGACUACGCUGUGGGGUUACUCUUGCAAUCUAAGGACUUUUAGGCAGUUGCUCUGGUUGUUUUUUUCAAAGCUCUGGAUUGUUAACGCAUGAGAACUUUAGACCAAAUUGUGGUCAAUUAAUUAGAAAUGCCUACAGUUAGUAGGUAUAUAACUUUUCGUGCAUCCAAGCGUUUCAAAAUUACAAGCAGCUACCCCGUGGAGGGCAGUGGUGGUGGACUGCCGACCAAACUGAAGAAGAGUCGGAGCAGUCUAAGUAAUGGAAGCAUCAAGAAGGUGGAAGCCCGGAAAGCCUUAAGUCUGGAGGCAGCCCAGCUCGAGCUUCAACAACAGCACAAAACCCUCAGUCGACAAGGGGCCGUGAGGUCUCAGACAUUCGAUGAGGACAGCAAAGGCUUUGAAAGGACAGAAGGAACUGGUUCUCAAAGUAGCUUCAUAAAGCACAACAAGACAUUCCACAAGUUAUUUCCUGAUAUUCCUGAAAGUGAAGAUUUGAUACAUGCAUACCUCUGUGCGUUGCAGAAAGAAGUGCCCUACCACGGAAGGCUCUACAUCACAGAUAAAAAUGUUUGCUUUUUUUCCUCUGUUUUGCUGAAGGACACAAAGGUUGUUGUUCCUGUUUCCUCCAUCCAGAUUGUGAAGAAGCAAAACACAGCCCUGCUUGUCCCUAAUGCUGUGUCCAUUCGUACUACAGAAGGAGACAAGUAUCUUUUUGUAUCUCUGCGUAACAGAGAAGGAUGUUAUCAGCUUCUACGUUCAGUCUGUCCUCAGAUUGAGGAUGGCAGCACAAACAGUAGCCCCAUAUUUUCCUCAGCUGAAAACAGCUUUGAGAAGAGCAGACUUGUGAACUCUAGUCAGUCGAGUUUGGAGGACAGCUUUGACCUCUUUGACGGCUCUGAUGUUCAGACUCAAGCACAGCCUCUCUUCAGACCCCACAGAGAGACCGUGCCUAAUGGGACUGGUUCCACUCUAAGAAGCAUGCACAUAGAGCCAAGUGAUAGCUCCUCAUCAGAAGACCUGUCUGUGUCAAGUGGGUCCUGGGUAUGGUGUGUGACUGAAAAGGCUCGAUCCUUGUUUGUUCAGAGGGAGGCCAGCACUCUUAACACUUUACUUUUCAUUUACUUGAUUUUGGUUGUUUUGCUGCUACUGUCUUCGGGCUAUAUAGGCAUGCGUAUUGUUGCCUUGGAGGAACAGCUCACAUCUCUAGGUGCUCUACCUGAGUUUACACUACAGAGUGGAUAUCGCCAGGAGACAUAACCUGCGCUUACUCAAGGAGAGAUUGGUUAACUUGCAACUAGAAGAAUAUUUGAGUCUCUUUCACAGAAGAGAAAAGUCAAGACUGUUGACAAUCUUGUCUGAAAUGAAGGAAGACUGCCCACCUGUGCAAUAGAAGAUGUUUGGUGAUUUGAAAGGUGCAGCAAACACAAGGCAUGCCACAACUUGUUUUAUGAGCCAAGCCAAAAUGGAUAAACUCACUGCCUGGUUGCAGUGUGUUGUUAAAACCAAAGCCAAACGGCUCUGAACUCAUCAUGUGCCACGUCAGAGGCAAACACACAAACUUUCGUAUCUUACUCAUUGUAUUCUUUGUUUGAAGCAUGCAAUCAAAUAGGGCUAUACCUCUGUGCAGGUAUUUCGUGCUAUGCAUCGCCAAAGACGCACAUAGUGCAUCUUUUGCAUGAUUGCACAAAGAUGACUUUUAACAUUGGUUACUGGGUAUUCCUCUCCGGUUAUUCUCUUAAUGACUGAAAUGUAAAAUCUGGUUUAAAAACAGCCUCUUGAGCUGUAAUAAUCCUCUGGAUGAUCAUUUCUGGCCUUCCUCAGUCUACCAUUGUUUCAGUAUUAAAUUUCUCAUUUUUAGUGGGAGCUAACCUUUAUAUUUAGAAAAGUAUGGGGUCUAACCUAAUCUAUGUUGAGAACCACCCACCAGUCUUGACUGGAAAAUGCCUCACCAAUGCAGUUAUUUAGAGGAAGCUUUCAGAGUUUGCUCAAUAAGGCACGACUGUGUUUAGCCCUGGUCCUUUAAAGUAGAUCUGAGAUCUGUUUUCAGCACUGUCUGAAGGGGAUCGGCACCUUGUGUUUAUGACCUGUAACAGGCCUCCAGAGGACCAGGUCUCAUUUCUAGAAGAGUAUUUAAAUUAGCACCAGUAUGUAUUUGUACCACAUUUACACUAACCAAGAAGUGUGUGAAUUCUCUUCAUUUUUGAGUGAGAAUUAAAACAAAACAAUUUUAAGGUCUAAAUUCUCAACAGCUGUUAGAUGGUCCCAAAAUUUCAAUAUGCAAAACCUCUUACUGUAUGCACGAUAAUAUAUAAUGUAUCUGUAUGUGCUGUUUUUAUUGAGCUUUACGUUUGUGGUAGGUUGUGAUGGAGAGAAAGUGGACAGCUCAAGGGAGCAUUGCACUUUAAAUGUGCUUUGCCAUUCAGAAUCUAAAAUCUGGUUGAGACAAAAUGGCAGAGCUGACAGUCUGUGGUAUAUGAUGGUGCUAAGAUCUUUUAAACUCUUUUUCACUCAGGGGUGGGGGCAUUGCCCACCACGUUCAAUAAUUUACUCCUUUUCAUUUCAAAAUCUUUUGUUUAUGGCUGACCCCCCACUCAAAGAGCACACGUUUUAUCUGAAAUCACCACCCUGGUUAACAGAUUCAUACUGUAUCCUGCUUCUCCCAAUGUUCCUUUCAUCUUUGAACACUGUCACACUGCCCAGGUACAAAUAAAAAGGUUUCGUUUAAGGUUAAUACAUUUCAUGACCUGUUUGAAGAGACUCAGGAGAUUCUCCUCAAUAUGUCAUAAACAGCAAUGUCAGUUGUAUUUCCCCAUACAGGGGCGCACACACCCGCUGUCCUCAAGACGACCUGUGCAGUGGGUGGUUUUGCACUAUUUCAAAGUGUUGUACAUAAUUUUGUAUUGAUUGUCAAUGUCCUUAAUUCUACUAUGGUCCUAUAUUUAUUUUUCAUUCUUUGUAAUUCAAAGUAGUCUCUGUGAGAUGACUUUGUUAUUGUUGAAAAUAAAUCGAAUGUUGAGAAGUA